AUGAGCCCAGAUAUCAACAUAGACGGCGCAUCAAAAGCCGAUUCAGCAGUCCGCUCUUUUUUCAACCAAUAUAUUGAGCAAAUACCAUUCUACAAAAAUCUUCUUGUGGCAGUUGAGAAUAAAUGCCACUAUACCCUGGCUGAAAGGGAAAUACCUCAUUUCAUAGAGAGUCGGGUUAAGGACCAUCAAAGCCUUCGGAAAAAGCUGGAUCAGCGUAAAGAUGAUGCUCUAUAUUCAUCUGUCAAGAAUAUCGAAGAUGAUAUUGUCGAUAUCUGCGGUGUUCGCAUUAUCUUUCAUUAUACGGCGGAUCAACAUAAAAUCAAAGCGCUUCUGGAAAGCUUUUUUCACAUUCAAAACGUGAAAUCUCACUCGGGUGGCCAAGAGCCUUCUCAAAAUCAAUCAAACGAUAAAUGGGGCUAUCAAUUACCCCUCCCCGAUUAUAUUGGCACCCACUACCGUGGUUUUGUGAAGUCAGAGUUUUUUAAGGAUCUCUCCGACGCAGAUCGAGAUAUCGCAGCUGGUACGAUGAUUGAGGUACAGGUGAGAUCUAUCAUGGACGAUAUAUGGGCAAGAUAUGCACAUUGCAUAUACAAAUCGGAAGGCCCAUCCCGUGAUCGUCAACAGUCGAUGCUCAAAAAUCUUCGUUUGGGCUUGGAAAGUGUGAGAGCGGUCACAAUCGAGAUGCAAAAAUUUGCCCUCCGCGAAGAGGAGAAAAGAAACCGAAAGUUCGAGACCAAUGAUGAAGUCGGAACAUGUUUUCGAAAGCUUAUCAAGGCGGACUACGGGCUAGACUUCAUCGAUCACACGGGUGCGUCUUCUGAAGCGUUGAAACAUCUCCUCGAAUCGAUCGACAAAAACACCCCAGGCUCUUUGCAUAAGCUCAUCAAAUGUUACGAUUUUAGCGACGGGCCCGGCUCCAAGUACGAAGAAGUCAAACGACUUUAUGGGCCUAUGGAAUUCAACAUUGUGCUUUAUCUGGUCGAUCGGGUACUGCUGUGUCACAACAGCCAAGACGAGACCAUCCUGGAGAAAGAAUCAGUCCCCGCGAAAAGAAAAGUGGAGAUAAUUAUGAGCACAAUUUUGUGGAUGAGUAAAAUUCUUCGGUCCUCAUGGGUAUGGAAAAUAAAGCUUGCCAGUACACCAUCCCAGAAAAGUCCGAGGAAGGGUCUCGGUUGGCUCUCAGCGGCGCGCCAACGGGGCAUGUUGACAAAGGGACGCGAUUUAAACGAAAAUGACAGAGCCAUUCUUGAUGAAUUGUGGAACUUGUUUGAAAAUCAUGACCAGCGACCAAUCAAGCUAGCUUUCGCCAUGUCGAGCCGCGGGAUGAUCAGAGAUGUUGUACGCGAAAGACAGGAAGUGAACAGAGUCAUCGAAGAAUUGCUUGAAGCGCCAAAUUUCCGAUCUUAA